UUGACAGCCAACCAAUUUUUUUGGACAACGAUUUUGCGAGUUUCGUCGGCUAGUCUAUUUGAUUACAUUUGGCUAGACGAAAAGUUUAUGUUAAAGUGAGAGGAUAUUUAUUUGUGAAAAUUUUCUACGAUACGAUUUGGAUGAAAAGUAUUGGAAACUUAUGUAAUUGGCGUUAGAUAUAUUAAUGGAGAGUUUGAAAUGUUGCUAAACGCAAAAGAGUGGUAUCAAGCUUGCUAAUGAUAAAAAAUCAAUAGCUAUGCAAAGUGAAAAAAGAUGCAAGAAGAAGGCUGUAAAGUGAUUUUUCGUAGAAAAUAUUUGUGUGACGAAGCGUUAUAUCCCAUGUACUACAGUAUUUAUAAUACAAUUAACCGACAAAUUGGAACUACGUGGGCAUUAAAAUCCAAUUUAUUAAUAUAUUAAAGAACUCCUCAAUGUCAAAUACGCAUAUACAUAUGUAUGUAUGUGCUGUGAACGACCAGUCUUCGCACUAACCUCGUAAUUCACCCUUUCCAUCCUUUGCAUGUGAAUGCCUUUGACAUACAUAACUAUAAAACACGUAGAGCAUUAAAUAGGAAAUUAACACGCUUUAAGCUUACUAAAAACAACAUCGAAGGGCACAGAAAGGGUGAACAUCGGCAGAAGCAUCAUGUCCUACACAGAAUUGGAAUCAGGUUACCAGGACUUACGGCAAUCGUCGCAGCACGCACAAUCUCAAACGCAGUCCUUUUCAAGCGAACGCAGUAGCCGUUCUGGAUUUUUUGUUGGCAGUGAUGGCAAUGGGGACGGUGAGAGCAAUGACGGUAUGGACUCAGAUUGCAGCACCUGUUCGAAUCCAGGGAAACAAGUCGUUGUUGGCAUUUGCGCCAUGGCCAAGAAAACACAAUCCAAACCGAUGAAGGAAAUCUUAACACGUCUGCAAGAAUUUGAAUUUAUUAAAAUGCUUAUAUUUUCGGAAGAUGUAAUUUUAAAGGAGACAGUAGAAAAUUGGCCACUAUGCGAUUGCCUUAUAUCAUUUCAUUCGAAAGGUUUCCCGCUAGAAAAGGCCAUUCAAUACGCACAACUACGCAAACCUUACGUGCUUAACAAUUUACAUAUGCAAUACGAUAUACAAGAUCGCCGCCGAGUUUAUGCCAUACUGCAGAAGGAAGGCAUUGAAAUACCGCGUUAUGCUGUAUUAGACCGCGAUUCGCCCGAUCCAAAACAACAUGAACUAAUCGAAUCUGAAGAUCACGUCGAGGUGAACGGCAUUAUUUUCAAUAAACCAUUUGUGGAGAAACCUGUAUCGGCUGAAGACCACAAUAUUUAUAUUUACUAUCCUACAUCGGCUGGUGGCGGCAGUCAACGAUUAUUCAGAAAGGUUCUACACUUUCUUGGCACGCCUAAUGUAAAACGAGUCUAUAAUAUGUUGACUUUCACCUUUUUACAGAUCGGCAGUCGCAGUAGCGUUUAUUCACCAGAGUCGCGUGUACGCAAAACUGGUUCCUUCAUCUAUGAAGAUUUUAUGCCUACUGACGGUACGGACGUUAAGGUGUACACAGUUGGUCCGGAUUAUGCGCAUGCCGAAGCUCGAAAGUCUCCAGCGUUGGAUGGCAAAGUGGAGCGCGAUAGCGAAGGCAAAGAGAUUCGGUACCCAGUAAUAUUAAACAAUGCUGAGAAGCUCAUCUCACGCAAAGUUUGUUUGGCUUUUAAGCAAACUGUCUGCGGCUUUGAUUUGCUACGAGCCAAUGGUAAGUCGUAUGUAUGUGAUGUGAAUGGCUUCAGCUUCGUUAAGAAUUCAAAUAAGUAUUACGACGAUUGUGCUAAAAUAUUGGGUAACAUGAUAUUGCGUGAGCUCACGCCGACUCUACAUAUACCAUGGCUUGUACCUUUCCAACUGGAUGACCCGCCCAUUGUGCCUACAACAUUUGGCAAAAUGAUGGAACUACGUUGUGUAGUUGCUGUAAUUAGACACGGCGAUCGGACACCUAAACAAAAAAUGAAGCUUGAAGUGCGGCAUCCCAAGUUUUUCGAGAUAUUCGAGAAAUAUGAUGGCUAUAAGGAUGGCCAUGUUAAAUUGAAACGUCCUAAGCAACUGCAGGAGAUUUUAGACAUUGCGAGAUAUUUGCUAUCGGAAAUACAAAACAAGUCCGCGGAUGCUGAGAUUCAAGAAAAGGAAAGCAAGCUGGAACAGUUGAAAAAUGUAUUAGAAAUGUACGGCCACUUUUCUGGCAUAAAUCGCAAAGUGCAAAUGAAAUACCAACCAAAAGGUCGCCCUCGUGGCUCAAGCUCCGAUGACGUAGAUGCGCCGAAGGAACCGUCACUUGUUUUAAUCCUUAAAUGGGGCGGCGAGUUAACGCCUGCAGGUCGCAUUCAAGCUGAAGAAUUGGGACGUAUAUUCCGUUGCAUGUACCCGGGGGGUCAGGGUCGGCAGGACUAUUCUGGCACACAGGGACUGGGUUUGUUGAGAUUACACUCAACUUUCCGACAUGAUCUGAAAAUAUACGCUUCUGACGAAGGUCGCGUGCAGAUGACUGCAGCUGCAUUCGCCAAAGGGCUAUUAGCAUUGGAGGGAGAGCUUACACCGAUUUUGGUCCAGAUGGUGAAGAGUGCUAACACAAACGGUUUGCUAGAUAAUGAUUGUGAUUCUAGUAAAUAUCAAACCAUAGCAAAGCAACGCCUACAUGAUUUAAUGCGCGUUGACCGAGAUUUCACCCCCGAAGACCGUGAAGCCAUUAAUCCUUGCAAUAGUAUUUCAAUUAAUCAGGCCUUGGACUUCGUGAAGAAUCCAGUAGAAUGCUGUAAUCACGUCCACAAACUAAUUAAAGAGCUAUUAACAAUCAUAAGCGUAAAAAAGGAAGAUCCCAAAACUAAAGAUGCUAUAUUAUAUCACGGCGAAACUUGGGAUUUGAUGGCACGUCGUUGGGAAAAAAUUGAAAAAGAUUUUAGCACAAAAUCAAAACAAUAUGACAUUUCAAAAGUUCCAGACAUUUACGAUUGUAUCAAAUACGACCUGCAACACAAUCAGCAUACGCUGCAAUACGAUCAGGCCGAAGAGUUGUACAUCUAUGCUAAGUACUUAGCUGAUAUCGUAAUACCGCAAGAGUAUGGCUCAACUGUGCAAGAGAAAUUGGCCAUUGGCCAAGGUAUCUGCACGCCGCUGCUUAAAAAGAUUAAAGCAGAUUUGCAACGGAACAUCGAAGAAGUGGGCGAUGAGUCGGUGAACAGGCUGAAUCCGCAUUACAGCCAUGGUGUUGCCAGUCCGGGUCGUCAUGUGCGCACGCGUUUGUAUUUCACCAGUGAAAGUCAUGUGCAUUCAUUGCUGACCGUUUUGCGCUAUGGUGGGUUGCUGAAUGUGCUUAAUGAUGAACAAUGGCGUCGUGCCAUGGAUUAUAUUUCGAUGGUAUCGGAAUUAAAUUACAUGUCACAAGUUGUCAUAAUGCUGUACGAGGAUCCCACCAAGGAUCCCACGUCAGAAGAGCGCUUUCAUGUGGAGCUACAUUUUAGUCCAGGUGUUAACUGUUGUGUGCAAAAGAACUUGCCGCCCGGACCGGGCUUUCGUCCACACUCGCGCAACGAUUCUGGUAAUCCUAAGCAAAUGGGUUCAACCACUGGUGCUUUCAAAACUAGUGCUACCGGUGACGAGGCUAAUCCACCGCGCAUAGAAGAAGAGAAUGACCCUGAGGAUAGCCCUGUAAAAAGUCAAUCAGAUGCUUACGAAAAGAAUUCUCCGCCGCACAAUAAACACCUAAAAUCCAAACCUAUACCCAUUGGCGCGCACCACACAGUGAGUGGCCAUGAAGCCGCGCACUUAGCAAAGCGUUUGAACGAAGAAUUGGCCUCACAACAGCAAACCAAACAACAGAUCGGCUCUUUCGAAUCGCAACGCCCCAUCAGUCCAGAUGCCGAACCACGUUCGCGCAGCUAUGAACAACGUGAUCAAAAGCGCGCUAAAGCUGAAGCUUCGCCUACGUCCACGCCCCUGUGCACGGCCACACCUACUACUAAUACGCAUGAAUUCAAAGAAAUACCCAACACUCGCUCUACUCCUAAUUUCGCUACAAAUACUGGCGGCUCAUCUCACAUACGCAUUACCGAGAGUUUGACUUUCUUUAAAAUUGACUCUUCCACCAACGAGUUGCCACUCUCCGACAUUGAUUUCUCUCUCAAUCCUAUCACGCCGGAGAUAUCCAACUCCGAAUACAAAUCGAAUUCGCCAAAGGCAUUGAGACAUAAACGGCAUACCCAAUUAUUGACUAUGGGCGCUAUAGCAAGUAUUGAUGAUCCUGAUUCGGAUUUGCCGAAAAUAUCACCAUUAGCCACCAAUGAGCGUCCGCUAUCCUGCAAUUGCCUUAGUGGUUGCGGUGCUUUCGAUGAAAACUUUCCCCACUCACAUUCAAAAAGUAUGGCCGAAAUCAGUCCAAUCAAUGAUAGUGAAGUAAUGCACUUUGUCUUGGGCAGCUCGCCGUUGUCAGCCUCGCGUGUUGGCUCUAUUGAUGACUUUCAGUUAUCUUCUUCGGCACCAGGCGUCAUACUAAGUAGUGAAUUCAAAUUACGCUUUAAAAAUGAGCAGAAAAACAACGAUCUAUUGUGCGUUGUUUCGCCAACUAAUUCGCCGACCGCUUCCACUUUGAAAUUGUGUAAGGAGUCCGAUGAGCGACAGCUGCAGCAGCAAGCGAAAUCGCAACAGAAAUACGCCAGUGAACUGUGUGGUGCUGCUGACGAUGAAUGUGUACCAUCGGUAAAAAUAGGUGCACCAACUGCUGGGUUUCCGACCGUGCAGUCAGCACCAGUCAUGGCAAAUGUUGAAAGUCCUUUCAAGUUUACGCAGCAAGCUCAACAACCCUUUGUAAAUAAAUUUACUACCAUCGAUGAAUUUGCUAUUGCACAUGCUACUAACAAUGCUCUCUCUUCUUCCGGCCACUCCUCGUCUGUCUGCGACUUUGACACGUUAAUCCAACACAAACACAUGCCAUCACACGCCCACGAACAUACUCACAAAAUUGUAAUGCGAACCAAUUAUCAUCAUAACUCACUUAAACCGCAUUCUAAUCAACGUGUACGCCGACAUCAACAACACCACAAUCAACACAAACAAUUUAACCGACAACAACACGAACACGCUGCGCACAUACCCGACGUUAUUGUCACUUUGAGCUCAUCCUCAACUGAUUUGUCUACUAUGCCUGAUACUAACCAAUUAAAUUCCAAACUCACUCCUACCGAACCUACUACUUACAACUUACCAAAUACCACUACCACAACAACAAAUACGAACAUACCAUCAUCGCCCAAUGUCAAUGCAAAUAUGUCCACGUCCAUGUGUACGUCCACAUCCACACCCAUGACCUCGUCCGUGAUCGCCACCUGCACCUCUACUACUACUUCCGCCGCAGAUGGUAAUGCGACACCAGUGUCGUCCUCAUCGUCAGUAUCGUCUCGACGUCAAAGACACAGUAUUGCCGGCCAGAUGUCAUAUAUGAAAAUGUUGGGAUUCGGUGGUUUUAGCAAAAAGAUGGCCACCAGCUCUAGUAGUCUUUUUAGUACGGCAGUUAUAAGCGGCAGCUCAUCUGCACCUAAUCUAAGGGAUAUGAUACCGUGUGCAGUUUCAUCAUCAGUACUUGAAGGUUUUGGCGGUGUGCCACCAAUUCGACCAUUGGAGACGCUACACAAUGCACUUUCGCUGAAGCAACUUGAUCAAUUUCUACAUAAAAUGACCACUUCUCCACUCUUCAAGACGCCGGCAUCAUCGCCACCAAAGCACCCUUCAACUCCACAACAGAACUUACAAGGCGCAUUGCAGUCGAUGUACUCGUUGGAUGCUAUUACAAGCUAUGUAUCCGGUGACAGCGUGUGUCAUUGCCAGGACCUUACACCCGGACAACUAGAACCGAUACAGGAGCCAAUGUUGAGAAAUGUAAUAUGUUUGCACCCAGCAGCAGCAACAGCAACAACCAGAUAUGCACCACACGAGGCGAUGGAAGCAGAUCAGCUGGCAGUUUUAACGGGUGCAGCAGCAUCGUCGAACGCCAGUUGCGGAGCAACUGAGGCGAACGCGCCACUGACUGCUCAACCAAAUGUUGGAAGUAAGUCCGACGACUUAUAGUAAAUUAAACUUUGUUCAACCUUUCAAAUUGCGUAUGCAGUAGUGCGUUCAUUUUUUCGGUGUGGCUGAUAAUUCUUUACACACUUUUGCUUUUCGCAAAACACCACAUACAAAAAAAUAGAAAAUCAAAUUUUAUAAAAAAUCUUAUUUUUGCAAGCAUUCAACUGAAACUAUCGCUAUCUAUCUUUUUUAUAGCAUUAAGUAAUUUUUCAAUAUACAUAUUUAUAUAUUCAUGUACAUAGAUAUAUAUUGAGUGUAUUUUUUGAGUCUGUGCGAAAUAAUGCGAACACGAGAAUUUCUAUUAAAGCACAUGCAAAUUA